UCGGGGAACCGGACCGCGCGCGACACGUGCCCAACCGCCACCUCCCUCGCGCGGGAGACCGGGACCGCACGAGACUCCGGGCCAAUCGCCCCCACGCGCGACUGCAGCCAACCGCGGUCACAUUCGUGGCCGCCUUGGAGGUCGGAAAUGGCGGUGUAAAUAAACCGCAGGGAAUAAAGCCUAACGUGUGCAGGAUUAUAAAACGAAUGCCCCAAUGAAUAACUCUGCUCCAGAUGACGCGGAUGCCUCCACUCAGCCCGAGGUGUAUGCGAGCGUCCUGUGGCACAGCGGACAGCUUGGGCUCGCUUACUACAACGCAAAUGACUGUACCGUUUACAUCAUGUCCGAUACCCCCGACUCACAGGAUCUCAAGUUGCUGAAGAAAGUAUUGGAAGAAAUCCAGCCCCGGUGCAUCUUAACAAGUGCGAAGCAAGACCACAUUAUGGCGGACUUCCUCCAAGCAAUGGGGACGGCCAACAACGGAGAGGAUGGGAAGCCAGAAAUAGCUCUCUUCCCCAACGUGGACUUUGGGCUCAAUAUCAGCAAGCAGCGGGUGCUGUCUGCCAACCUGCCCUUUGUCCCCUCUCAUCUGACCGAAGCAGAGAAGAUCGUGUACCUAGCGGCAAUCAUCCCAUUCGAGUGCACCACCAUGUUGCGAGCACUCGGGGGGCUUCUGAAGUUUAUAGAGAGGAGGAGGAUUGGAGUGGAAUUAGAAGAUCCCAGCGUGAGCGUCCCCAUCCUGGCAAUCAAGAAAUUUGUCCUUAAUGACAUCGUUCACAUUGACCAGGACGCAUACUGCGUGUUGCAGAUUUUUAAGUCAGAGGUGCAUCCAUCUGUGUACAAACUGGCGUCAGGGGUGAAAGAAGGACUCAGCUUGUUCGGAGUUAUGAAUCGCUGCAGAUCCCAAUGGGGGACAAAGCUGAUGAGGCUGUGGUUCAUGCGCCCUACGAAAAACCCGGAGGAGCUGAACAAGAGGCUGGAUGCCAUCCAGUUUUUCAUGCUGGCAAGAAACACUGAGAUAGUGCAGACGCUUCAGGACUGCUUGAAACACAUCAAAAAUGUCCCAUCAAUUCUGAAAAGGAUGACACUAUCGUACACCAAAGUGAGUGAUUGGCAAGCCCUUUAUAAGACAGUGUACAACGCUGUGUGCAUUGGAGACACUUGCACAUCCCUGCCCAGAUCUGUAGAGCUCUUUGCAAAGAUCUCUCACACUUUCACAGAUGAUCUUCAUUAUAUUGCCAGUCUCAUAACAAAAGUGGUGGAUUUUGAAGGUAGUAAUACGGAGAACAGAUUCACUGUUCGGCCAAACGUGGACCCAGCUAUAGAUGAGAAAAAACGUAAACUGAUGGGUCUGUCAGAUUUCUUAACUGAAGUAGCAAGGAAUGAACUAACCCUACUAGACAGCAGGAUUCCUUCAUGCUGUGUUAUCUACAUCCCUCUGAUAGGAUUUCUUCUCACUAUUCCACGCCUUCCAAGCAUGGUAGACAAGGAUGAUUUUGAAAUAGAGGGACUGGAUUUCAUGUUUCUAUCCGAGGGUAGGCUUCAUUAUAGAAGUGCCAGAACCAAAGAGCUUGAUACAAUGUUGGGAGACUUGCAUUGUGAAAUCCGGGACCUUGAGACAGCUGUCAUGUACCAGCUGCAGGUAAAGAUUUUGGAGAAGUCUGCAGUUCUUUUCGAUGUGAUAGAAUAUACAGCUCAUUUGGAUUGCUUAAUUGCCAUGGCUGUUGUGGCCCGAGAAAAUACCUACAUAAGGCCAAGGUUAACCAGCAAGAAUAUAAUCAACAUUAAAGAUGGAAGACAUCCUCUCAUGGAAAUGUGCACAAGGACAUUUGUUUCAAACCCUAUCAGUACUGGUGGAGAACAUGGAAAGAUAAGUAUCCUCACUGGUCCAAAUUCCAGUGGCAAAAGUGUAUAUCUCAAGGAGGUUGGCCUAAUAGUAUUCAUGGCACUAAUAGGUAGUUAUGUACCUGCCACAGAUGCAGACAUUGGAUUAAUAGAUGGUAUUUACACGAGGAUCCAAAGUCGUGAAUCAGUGUCUGUGGGGCUCUCCACAUUUAUAAUAGACUUAAAUCAGGUGGCUGCUGCAGUUAACAGUGCUACAGAGAGAUCUCUAGUACUAAUUGAUGAGUUUGGAAAAGGAACCAACAGUGUUGAUGGCUUAUCACUUCUUGCAGCUGUUUUAAGGCAUUGGGUGCAGCAAGAUGUGAAAUGCCCGCAUAUCUUUGUAUCUACCAAUUUUCAUAGUUUAGUUCAGCUACAACUACUCCCUACUAUUAACCUAAUACGUUACCUAACGCUGGAGACCAUACAGGAUGGGGAGGAGCUGGUGUUUUUCUACCAGCUAGAGGACGGUGUUUCUACCGACAGCUACGCUGCCAAUAUAGCUACACUGGCUGGGAUGCCACCAGAGGUGGUGAAGCGAGGGACACAGAUAUCUGAACUGUACCGCAGUGGACAACCCAUUUGUCGUCUUGACUGUCCUACAAAAGCAAACCAGUUGGAAACAUACAAAGCAUUGGCAGAUACGUUCCUUCAAUUGGACCUCAGUGAUCCUAAUGUGGAUCUGCAGGAAUUUUUGAACAAGAGUGUUCUGGCAUAUACAGCGUCAGAGGUUUGAUAUGGCAUUUUGCUGAGCUGCUUCAGGCCAUGACCUAAAACAUAUUGAACACACUGUUACUAUUCAAGAAUUUUAUCUCGGUUCCCAACGAUUUUUAAUGGAUAAAAUAAAAAUCUAGGAUUUGCAAUUGAUCAAGCUUUGAGGUUAGUGUAUUAAAAUUGCACUGAGAACAAUUGGUUUGGUUCGACCAAUCUGGUAAAUUUGUCGAUCGUAACAUUAAAACAUUUGGCGAUGCUGCAGUUAUCUCCACAUGAGUUGGGAUGGAUAAAGUUGGCAAAUUUUAAUUAUAGAUAUGUCUUAAUUAUUGAUUUGGAUUUGACAAUGUAAUAGUUUAAAAAUGCCUGGUUUAGGUGAAUUUUUAAACAUAUGUGAAUUUACUGUGGUAAUGUUUUGAAACUAAGUGGAACUCUUUCCUAAAUUCUCGCUUACAAGAAGAAUGCUCAAAAAUGGAGUGCAGUAAAAUGAGUUUAAGUGCACCAGAGAAAAGAGAAUUGU